UGUGCGCAUGUUCUCGUGUGUGGAUGGUGUGUAGCUGUGCAGGUCAUCAUCAUUGCAUGGUUGAUGUCCAAGUGGAAGCCGCGAGGAUUUGCAGAAUAGAUCGGAAAUAUCGACAAAUCAGGUGACAUCAUGGGCAAAGUGCAGGGAGGGAUGAAAUGCGUGAAAUAUCUGCUUUUCGUGUUCAACUUCAUCUUUUGGCUGUCGGGCCUGCUGGUGCUGGCUGUGGGACUCUGGCUCAGGUUUGACCCAGACACAGUGGAGCUGCUGACCGGUGACGGCGCCCCUGACACCUUCUUCAUAGCUGUGUACAUCCUUCUCGGUGCAGGAGGGUUGAUGAUGAUCGUAGGGUUUUUCGGUUGUUUUGGUGCUGUUCGUGAGUCUCAGUGUCUUCUUGCAUCUUUCUUUGCUUGCCUUCUGAUAAUCUUUGGAGCUGAGAUCGCUGCUGGUGUGUUUGGAUUCAUAAACAAGGAACAGAUUGUUGAGGAAGUCCAAAAGUUUUACAGCAGCUCCAUCGCUGAUGUCUCCAAUCCCAAUGGGACCGCAAUCGCAUUCAUGUACCACAAAACUCUGAACUGCUGCGGAGGCUCCACAUCAGAAACAACUACGGCGCUUUGUGCAGAGGCUGAGGAGAACACCCAGGACUGUCUCACUGCAAUAACAGCCUUCUUCAAUGAAAAGCUGUAUAUUAUUGGAUACAUUGGGAUUGGGAUCGCUGGAGUAAUGAUCAUAGGAAUGAUCUUCAGUAUGGUGCUGUGUUGUGCCAUCAGGAACAACAGGGAGGUUAUAUAGCUGUCCAGAGUGAUCUGGUGGGGGAUAUCACACAGAGAGAGUACAGUACGUCCGCGGGCCAAAUUCAACACGAUACGCUGGAUCGUUAUCUUCACACCUUCUCCUCGACUCCACCAGCACUAAAAAUUUCUUUCUCUGUUCUUUUCUGUAACACUUGCUCUGCUUUUGGCACAACUCUGUGACAUUCCUCAGUCUUAACAUGUUUUUGUUACACAGUAGAGGUCGACCGAUAUUGGAUUUUUAAAGGCCGAUGUAACGACGAUAGUUUGGAGCAAAUAAAAGCUGAUGGCUGAUUAAUCUGCCAAUAUCCCUCCUGCAAAAAAAAAAGAAAAAAAAGAA